UAUCGGAGGGCAGAUACCACCUGUCAACCCCUGGAGGAUCAAUUUAGUGCAGAGUGCGUCGACUUCUAGCUCCAGGUGAAAGGCAUAUCCACCGAUUAUAUUUAAUCCAUUGUUGUGUUAACUGUUGGUAUCAGAAGUUGACUGAAUGGAUCCAAACAAGCUUCCUGACCUCAGUGGUAUGACGGGCGUCCCCUGGCUGGGACGCGGAAGAGGACUACAGCCUGAGGAGCUGGCUGUAGGACGUAGUAGAGGGCUGCUGCUCUCUAUAGAAGGGUCUGCUGUAGGACGAGCCAGAGGUUUCCCCACUCCUGGCGAUACCCCACAAGGACGAGGAGUGACUGUGCCCAUUACUGAACCUGUGCUUGGACGAGCUAGAGGACUGCUGGUGCAGUCUGAUAUUGGAGGAGCCAGAGGACUGCACUUCCCAGCAGGUGAACCAAAGGUAGGGGUGGCGAGAGGUAUCCUGCCUAGUCUGGAGCCACAGCACAGACAGACACCUCCAUGUGAAGACACAACGCAAGACCCAACAGAAGAGACCCUGGCUUUGACAACAAAAGAGGUUGAUAUGCCAACCCAAGGGCAAGGGUCAACACUGGUCUCCAUGUUCAGAGGAAUGGGCAUUGAGCCCACUUCAUGGGGAAGAGGAACACUACUAGUGGAAAGAGGAGCAGCUGGAGAUAUGGGAACCAUAAAGCUGCAAGGUCCCUCCGAAGGUUUCACCAGCAGCCCGGAGAGUGUCGGCCAACCUGAAAAGAUGAUUGGCAGACGUUUGUCCCCGCAGACGAUGGUGGGGCUUGGAAGAGCAGCAAUGCCACAGUUUGGAGUAGGAAGAGGACGCCCAUCACUUCCUUCUUUUCCUCCUGGUCAUGUUGAGUCAGUUUCUCCUGCUGUUGAACCACAACCAGCCCCAUACUGUCAGCCUCCCCAUGCAGCAGCCAUACCCCCUGUGCCCACCACUCAAGAUGUCCUGGAGGUUUCAACUAAUGCACCAGCAAAGAGAGAGCUGAAAAUGGAGGCAGUCCAUGAGCCACUUAACAAGGCUGGAACAAAAGGAGUUCCUAUAACUAUUGGCUCAAACCACAUCCCAAUUCGCUGCAAGAAUGAAGCUGUUUAUCAGUACCAUGUGACAUUCACUCCAAAUGUUGAAUCAAUGGCAAUGCGUUUCGGCAUGAUGAAAGAUCACCGCUCAACUACCGGAGAUGUGGUGGCGUUUGACGGCUCCAUACUCUACCUGCCUGUUAAGAUGAAUGACGUGGUUGUUCUCAAGAGUUUGAGACGGACCGAUAAUGAGGAAAUACAAAUCAAAAUCCAGAUGACAAAGAUUUUGCCACCAAACUCAGAUCUAUGCAUCCCGUUCUACAACGUAGUCCUCAGGAGGGUAAUGAAAAUCAUCGGAUUGAAGUUGGUGGGGCGAAAUCAUUACGAUCCAGAAAGUGCAGUCAUUCUUGGAAAACAUCGGCUUCAAGUGUGGCCAGGCUAUUCGACCUGCAUUAAGCGGACAGACGGAGGCCUGUACCUGUGUGUGGAUGUGUCUCACAAAGUCUUGCGGAACGACUCUGUGCUGGAUGUCAUGAACACGUUGUACCAGCAGAGCAAGGAGAACUUCCAAGACGAAUGCACCAAAGAACUGAUUGGCAGCAUCGUCAUCACCCGCUACAACAACCGCACCUACCGCGUCGAUGCCAUAGAGUGGAACAAGUCGCCCAAAGACACUUUCCCUUUGAUGGAUGGCACAAAAACCACCUUUGUGGAAUACUACAGCAAGAACUAUGGAAUUACAAUCAAAGAGAUGGACCAACCUCUGCUCAUGCAUCGGCCGAAGGAGAGGGCCAAGCCAGGAGGGAAGCAAAUCAUUACUGGAGAGAUCCUUUUAGUGCCAGAGCUUUCCUUCAUGACGGGAAUCCCAGAGAAAAUGAGGAAAGACUUCAGAGCCAUGAAGGACCUGACCAUGCACAUCAAUGUGAGCGGUGAGCAGCACACGCACUCAAUAAAGCAACUUCUGAAGAACAUCAGCACCAACCCAGAGAGUAUGAAGGAGCUCAGCCGAUGGGGACUGGAGAUCGGCUCAGAAAUACUCAUGAUUAAAGGUCGAAUUCUGCCCCUUGAAACCAUCUGCUUGCAGUCUUCAUCCUUUGCCACUGGUGCUGAAGUGUCCUGGUCCAGAGAGAUUGUCAGGGAUGCUUCAAUCAGUUCUAUCCCCUUGAACAUCUGGGCCGUCUUCUACCCUCGGCGCUGUGCUGAGCAGGCUGAGGAGCUCGUUUCCACCUUUAAAAAGGUGGCCGGGCCUAUUGGGGUGCGACUGGAGCGACCCAUUCGUGUGGAGCUGAGGGACGAUCGCACAGAGACUUACGUCAAGAGCAUCCACACACAGCUCACCAGUGAACCCAACAUGCAGCUUGUUGUGUGCAUCAUGGUCGGCAACAGAGAUGAUCUCUACAGUGCCAUCAAGAAGCUCUGCUGUGUUAAAAGUCCCAUCCCGUCUCAGGCCAUCAAUGUGCGGACAAUUUCCCAGCAGCAGAAGUUGAAGAGUGUCGCCCAAAAAAUACUCCUGCAGAUGAACAGCAAGUUAGGUGGAGAGCUGUGGACUGUCAGUGUCCCUCUGAAACAUUUGAUGGUGGUUGGCGUUGAUGUCCACCAUGACACCAGCAAGGCUCAUCAGUCAGUCAUGGGCUUUGUCGCAAGUGUGAACAGCUCACUGACCCGCUGGUACUCCAGAGUAACUUUCCAGACCCCCAAUGAGGAACUGAUCAAUGGCUUCAGAGUAUGCUUACUGGCUGCACUGCAGAAGUACUACGAGGUGAACCACAACUUGCCAGAGAAGAUUGUGGUGUAUCGGGAUGGCGUGUCAGACGGCCAGCUGAAGAUGGUGGAGCAGUACGAGAUCCCGCAGCUGAUCAAAUGCUUCGAGACUUUCCCCAGUUAUGAGCCCAAACUGGUCUUCAUUGUGGUCCAAAAGCGCAUUAGCACCACCCUCUACUCCUGGGCGUCAAACAACUUUGGUACUCCUCCAGCUGGGACUGUCCUGGAUCACACCCUCACUCAGAAAGACUGGGUGGACUUCUAUCUGAUGGCACAUCAGAUUCGCCAGGGCUGUGGACUUCCCACACACUACAUCUCUUUGUACAACACAGCAAACCUCACACCAGACCAUUUGCAAAGGCUGACUUUCAAGAUGUGCCAUUUGUACUGGAACUGGCCGGGCACCAUUCGUGUUCCAGCACCAUGCAAGUACGCCCACAAACUGGCUUUCCUGUCUGGCCAGUACCUUCACUCAGAGCCGGCCAUCCAGCUAUCGGACAAGCUGUUCUUCCUUUGAGCUGCACCAGUUACAGCCACAAACAAACUGCUCAGGUCACAGCAAAAGCAGCUGUGAUGAAAGAAACUACUGAAAAACCAGAAUGACAAACAAUUCAUUUGACUGAAUGAGGAAUUCAUUAUUAACACGUGGCACUUAAGACUUUAAAGAAUAGUGAAGAUUUCCAGAGGAGAUUCCCAUAUGGAUCAAGUCGUUAACAAUACUGAUGUUUCUGAGAAGGCUGCUUUACAUCUCACACCAUGAUUAAAAAAAGAAUGCUAACUCUUUUCAUGAAGGUAAUAGUGUGUUGCGUCACUGAAAUAAUUUAAAUAUGUGUGGCAUAUUAGUAAAAGCAUGUUUUAAUUUUAGAGUCUAGUGAAAAAAUGUGACGGUUAAGUUUGAAAUGAGUACAAACCAUAAGGUUCGUGAAGUUUGGACUUUGAGUUUUCAAUGUUUUACAGCCACUGUUCUGUGGCACAAUGAUUGGUCGGUCAGUGGUCUGUUAAUGUUCAGACACUCCCACUGUGACAGAUUAAUGUUUACAGUUCUGUACUUUAUAAAACACCAUUAUACAGGUCUACAAGUUAUACAGCUCUACGCACUGUAUGCCCAUAGUACUUAAAUGUGCAUGUUACAAAUAAAGCUUGCAGGACUGGUGGGGUUUAAGUAAAACAUGA